AUGCUUCUCGUGCAGCCCUGUGCCAGGCAGCUGCUCCGUGUUAAGGGACACUACGUCGCCGGAGCUCGUCGCGCCCGUCACGAUGCGGCCGCUGCAAACGGACGGGGCCCGCGUAUCGCAAUCGUAGGCUCUGGGCCGGCAGGCUUCUACACGGCACAGAAGGCCAUGAGAGAGCUCCCAGACACGAGGGUAGACAUGUACGAGCAACUACCGGUGCCAUUCGGUCUGGUCAGGUAUGGAGUUGCUCCAGAUCAUCCUGAGGUGAAGAAUUGCCAGGACACAUUUGAAGACCUUGCCGCGUCGCCCAACUAUACCUUCAUUGGUAAUGUCAGCCUUGGACAGGAUCUGCCUCUUCCUCUGCUCGCGAAACACUACGAUGCGAUUGUCUUUUCAUAUGGCGCAUCUAAAGACCGUAAGAUCGGCUUAGAAGGCGAGGAGAGACCGCACAUCUACUCGGCAAGAGCCUUUGUGGGGUGGUAUAAUGGCCUGCCAGAGUAUCGCGAUCUCAAUCCCGAUCUCCAGUCCGGAGAAAGUGCCGUUGUCGUGGGACAGGGAAACGUUGCCCUCGAUGUCGCUCGUGCGUUGCUCACUCAUAUCGACACGCUGAAGAAGACCGACAUGACGGAAUAUGCCAUACAGGCCCUCUCCGAGAGCAAGAUCAAGCAUGUCCGCGUGGUGGGCCGUCGAGGCCCACUCCAAGCCGCGUUCACCAUCAAGGAAGUGCGUGAGCUGCUACAACUUCCGGAUGUGAACUUUACGCCGAUUCCGGAGGAUCUCUUCCCUCCAGAUCUGAAGAAGUUGGAGCGGCCAAGGCGCCGUAUCAUGGAGCUGCUCAAGAAAGGCUCGCCGUUCAAGCCCGAUGCCCCAAAGUCCUGGGCCUUGGACUUCUGUCUUGCACCCAGGGCGUUAAACUAUUCGUCUACCAACCCAUCUGUGCUUGAGAGCAUCACCUUUCAGCACACGCAGCUCGCGGAGCCCGCAAAUCCCAGCUCCGCAGUCACGCCCACGGACUCCACGACCGAGCUCGAAACCUCCACUCUCUUCCGCAGCAUCGGCUACGCCGCCACGCCGAUCCCAGGUAUGGAAGCCAUCGGCGUCACAUUCGACACCCGCAAAGGCACCAUCCAGCACGACGGGUUCGGGCGCGCCACGCCCAUCGGCACCGAAGAGCAGCUGACGACCCCUUCGUCCAAUGCUUCAGUCUACUGCGCCGGCUGGGUUAAACGCGGCCCCACCGGCGUCAUCGCUUCCACCAUGACCGACGCCUUCCAGACGGCGGAAGCGAUCGUCGAGGACUGGAGGCGCAGCUCGACCGGACAGCUGCCGGAGCGAGCUGGCUGGCAAGGCGUCAAGGCCGAUGCGGAACGAUCUGGCCUCAAGCUCAAACCCGUGCACUGGGAGCAGUGGCAGAAGAUCGACCAGGCGGAGAAGCGGGAUGGCUCGCAGCAGGGAAAACCGAGGGAGAAGAUGGGGACCGUGCAGAAGAUGCUGGAGGCGGCGGAGGCGUGA